AACUAUUUGUAACCAUUUGAAUCGCGUUCAAUAACGAACUUUUAUUUUGAAAGUGAAACCUCAAAUUCAACUAUUGUGGCUGAUCUUUAUUGUGGCUAGCUUCACAUAGGUUAGAUUCUUUUGACGAUAAUAAGGUUCCAGCUCAGUCGCAGUUGAGAUGGACUCGUCUAUGUACCUGUAUGAUGUUCCCCCAGUUUUGAUGGAGAAGUUUUGUAAGAUAAUCGACAGCGGUGAUGACAGCCUCGGAUGGCGAGGGCUCGCGGCGCGUAUCGUGCCAAGUUGGACGGAGGUGCGACGCGCCGAGAGGCUGGAGGCAAUAGGCAAGAGCCCCACGCGAGAACUCAUCUGGUCGUGGGCGCAACAGAACAAAACUGUUGGGGACCUUGUGAAGGUGUUGGAGGAUAUGGGUCACUACAGAGCUCUACAGCUCUUUAUUCCUCAAGAAACACAGCAUUUUCCCAACAGUGGACCAUCAAAGAGCAGCAGGGAUAACCCCUCCCCUCCUCAGUUACCCACGCCACCCCAACCUGCCAGCGAGUCGACCCAACCUGGUUGGAACCAGUCUCAUGAUCCUGUUUCAAGUGAAGGUAGAAACCACAGGCUUGUGAUCACCUACUCAGACGUCAUAGAGGGAACUAGACAUUUUCACCAGGACAUGAAGAUCUCUGUGGGCAGCUUCUCUGCUGUCUACAGAGUGAUAAAGGGAAAUGAAACCUUCGCUGUCAAGCUCUUCAAGCAGGUGCAGAAAGCCUCAUGGAGGAAGUUGUGGGAUCUAUUCAGGAGAGAGAUGGAAGUUCAUCAUCUCUACCAGCAUCCUAACAUCUUAGAGCUGUUGGGUUGUUACUCUGAUGGGGAUCGUUACUGGCUGGUAUACCCUUACCUUCCCAACGGAUCUCUGUUCCACAGACUGCAUGACCAGAACGUAGUGCCUCCUCUCUCAUGGCUGGAGCGUCUGGACAUCAUCAAGGGGACGGCUAAGGCUGUACAUCACCUACACAUGGCUCAGCCCUGCACUGUGGUCUGUGGGAACAUCACAAGUUCUAACAUACUGCUGGACGAGCGGCUGCAGCCCAAGCUGUCUGAUUUUGGGACGGCCCGUCUCAGACCCCACUCCGUCAGUCAGAGCUGCACCGUUACCUUGGAUACGACCUUCGGAACCCUGGGCUACCUGCCGGAGGAAUACAUACGAGACGGAAAGCUGUCUGUCAGUCUGGACGUGUUCAGCUUGGGAGUGGUUAUAAUGGAAAUGAUAACGGGACGGAAAGCUAGAGAGGAGACUCCUAAACACACCCUGCUGAGAAACGUCCUACGUGGAGAGGUAGAGGACACUGGCAGUGUAGACUCCUGUCUUCAGUAUCUGGACCCGAGAGCUGGUCUUUGUCCCCACUCUAUGUCCUUUACCUUGUUGCGUCUAGCCCUGGACUGCACCUCUACACGACCACGCAACAGACCCACCAUGGAGAAUGUGUUACAGGUAUUGAGCCAGCUGCUUCCCCUGCCGUGCCCACCUGAAGACCAGCCCCACACGCUGACCGACGAGGCCCCAGCUCCCCCUGCCUCUCCUGCCCAGACGGGACAGGGCCCCAGCUCCAACCCCAGCCCCAGUGUGCCUGUGGAGGAUGAUGAGCUGCACAGUUACCCCGUUGAGAACCCACAGCCAGCUCCAGCUCAGGGAGGGCCCUGUGAGUGUAGCCAGUCAGAGGUCACCUAUCUGGGCAGUGGGGAGCGGAGCAGACACCUGUCACUGGAGGGGGCUGGGGAAAGAGCAGCGCUAGGGGCUGAUGAGGCUGACCAGAGCCUACAGACCAAUGGAGAGCCAGUGGAUCUUUACGGUAGCUGGCCAGUCCAAUGUAGCUGUUCAGCUGAGGUGAAUGGACUGGGCUGUGAGGACUGUAGAGCCAAUGGGUUUACUCCCUGCCCCUCAGACCUCCCUCAAGGUGACCUCAGCUUCUCUUCCCUCCGUAUAGUGGACAACCCUGCCAAGCAGAGAAUGAUGAAUAAGAUUGAUCUGUACAACAGAGGCCUCCUCAGAACAGAGGAACUCCUCUCUGUCUCCAUGACCACCCAGGAGUGACAAAGCUACAGAGGAACAACUCUCUGUCUCCAUGACCACCCAGGAGUGACAAAGCUACAGAGGAACAACUCUCUGUCUCCAUGACCACCCAGGAGUGACAAAGCUACAGAGGAACAACUCUCUGUCUCCAUGACCACCCAGGAGUGACAAAGCUACAGAGGAACAACUCUCUGUCUCCAUGACCACCCAGGAGUGACAAAGCUACAGAGGAACAACUCUCUGUCUCCAUGACCACCCAGGAGUGACAAAGCUACAGAGGAACAACUCUCUGUCUCCAUGACCACCCAGGAGUGACAAAGCUACAGAGGAACAACUCUCUGUCUCCAUGACCACCCAGGAGUGACAAAGCUGAUCUAGGAUCUGCUUGCCCUCCCCGAAUCCUAAUCUUAACCAUUAGAGGUUAAAAACACAAAACAGACCCCAGACCAGCAUCUAGGGCAACUUCACUACUCUAAAUGACACAUGCAUACAGUACAUAGCCUGCUGUGAGAGAGGGUUAACUUAUCCAUAUGUCUGACUUAGUCAUUGCUGGCCCUGGUUAAAUGACCUGGCUCUGGUUAAAUGGCCUGGCCACUCAGCCACAUGAUACUGUAGAUGGUUUCAAAUCUCCCUUUCUCUAAAUGACUGUAUGGAUCUGGGCUGGUUUCCCAAAAAGCAUCGUAGCACUAUGAUAAUCUUUCGUCCAUUUAGUUUCAAUGGAAUUAAAGUUAGUGCUACGAUGCUUUUAGGAAAUCCAGCCCUGCUAUGUGACGAGACGUGAUGUUCAUUUGGUUGAAUGAAAGCAAUCUAUGUCCUUCGUUGUCAGUAAAUUAUGCUAAAAAUAUAUUCUUGUAGAAAGGUAUUUAUUAUCUGCUGACAGAUUCCAUUUUAUAUUUCUUAUUUAUAAAAUUAGGAUAUGAUUUAUACAGUACUUCUAUAAUAAAAACAUUUUAUAAAGUUCAUUUAAAAUGAUGGGUUCAUGCAAAAAUGUUAGCGUGUAGAAACAGUGGGAAACUAAACCUUGUCCAAAGGCCGCUGACAUGGUAAGGAAACCAAUGUGUCAUUUUGUCAUUUGGGUCAACUAUCCCUUUACUUAUGUUUUGUAAGAUGACUUUACAUUUUUUCAUGCCUUUUAUUAAUAAAAUAAGAUUGACAAUG